AUGGAUCAAUGCGAUCAGCUGGAUCCCUUCUCCAGCGAGAGCCUUUGGCGACCUUCUAAGUUCAGCAUAGAAGCUCUACAGCCAUUGGAGUCUGUACCAUGGAACGCUGCAUUGCCUGAAUUUCCGCGAUCUUGCUUCGAGGCACCAAACGCACCGAACGAGAAAAUCGAUAGGUCACUAUGGAAGCUCGACUUCUUUCCAAGUGGAUUGGAACCGCCUGAGUCUGCUACCGACUCGACCAUCGACCCCUCCAUUGACGGCCUGUCCGAUGCGCCAUGUGACCUUGUAGCAGACACAGUUGAAGAUGAGAACAAUAUUUGGUCCUUAGACUCGCUAAGGGAAGACGAUGCCCAAGUGAUCCCGCAGAAAUCAUGGGAGACACAUACGGAGAGGUCCUUUCAAGAGCCGGUCUCUGCCUAUUUCAGCGAAUCGGGCCCGAAGGGCUUUGAUGCAGCUCUGGCAAAGCAAACACUACUGAAUUGCAAGGUACCCAGCCGACUGGCUCAGGCAGAUAUCUAUCUUCGAUCACUGCUCCGUCUGGGCUUAGGCUGGAACUCAUGUUUUUUCCGAUACAACCAACACACAAAGCAAUUCGAGGAAGAGAUCAAGGAUGUUAGGGUCUCUGGUGUCAGCUCUAUGGCAUUGGAUAACGUUGUUCGAUACGUGCUACAGUGUGGCGCAAAGAUGCACCAGAUGCGAUUAUUCGCGCAAGAACCACCUCCGAAGUGCAAGGAAUUAUCGACUCUGUUCACUUUGAGCCGUAUAAUUGCUGUCAUCAUUUUCAAUCUUGAGCAGCAGAUCUCUGGACACCCACAAAGAUUCACCUCGCUUCUGCAAAUCAGAGCUUUGUUUGAACGUUGUGGGGACCUGAUGGGUGCAUUGGCUGCUAUUGUGGACACUUCCCAAAAGGCCGCCUCAGAUGCGCAAAUAUUAUCAAUUGUGACACAAAGUGCUGCCUCCUUUGCUCAAAGGUUUGGCUGGAUGGAGAACCUGUUGCAUGAGAUAGUAAUUCGAGUAACUGAGCCGUGGUUUAAACUCAUCGACGGCUGGAUCGGGCUUCGACCAGAAGAUGCAGCUCUUGAAGAAUCAAUUACUGGCGGCAAAACAUUCAUCGCGCGGGAGGUUCAUCAGCCUGGCAAGUUCAAAACUGGACCGGCACGAAUUGAACACAUCUUUCAAGCAGAUCACAUACCGUCGUUCAUCCCAGCUGAUCAAGCAUACUCCAUCUUUGAGAGUGGACGAAGUCUUCGAAUGCUGAAGCAAUCCCAUCCAAACCAUCCUAUCGCACGGCAUGAUGUUUUUUCCCGAGCUGGUGAUCUUCAUUUGCAUUGUGCGACCUCCUGGGCUGACAUCGAGAACAUUCAGACCACGGCCCAAGAGUAUGAAUCGAAACUUCGCGCUGAGAUCAAGAGAUAUCACAAACACGAGCCCGCGGAUCUUAUUUCCUCAUCCGAAGCAAUCACGCAGAUUCCCACGCCAUUGACGGACGCAAGUGCUGUUGAGGGAACCUUUGAACUCUUUGACAUAGAUGACGAAAUUAACCUCUCGGGGCCUUUCACAGACCGAAUGGCUCUGUCGAAAGAUAAUUUCAAUCAAAUACUCGACAAAGCCCAGAGAUUUGAGACCGAGCCGAUUGAGCAUGCAAACCACUUUGGCCCAGAAUUGACAUCUGGCCUUCACCUUUCCCUAGCCCCGAUUAUUUCGUCUCAAGCCCUUCUCAUCGACUACUCGUGCCUACACCAUCUCUUCAAAGAGCAUAAGAUGCGAGAUAACCUAAAUUUACAAUGGCGAUUCCAGCUACUGGGAGAAGGCUCCUUUGUGUCACGUCUAUCCAACUCUCUUUUCGAUUCAGAAAUGGAAAGUGGAGAAAGAAAAGCCGGUGUUAUACGAACCGGAGUUGACACCGGUCUACGGCUUGGAAGUCGAGACACUUGGCCACCAGCUAGUUCGGAGCUGCGCCUUGUUUUGAUCGGCCUUUUAGGAGACUGCUACUUCGGCAACGCAGAACCAGAAGAAUCGGAAAAGGGCCAAAGUCAAAAAGACACUGAAAUGCCGGGUGGGCUAAGCUUUGGCAUUCGCGACCUCUCAGACGAAGAGAUAGACAAAUGCAAGGACCCAAGCUCGAUCGAGGCCCUGGAUUUUCUUCGUCUACAAUACACUCCACCUGUAGCACUCGAGUCUAUCAUUACUCCGCGGUCUCUGGAUAAGUAUGAUUGUCUUUUCAAACACUUGCUUCGCUUGCUUCGCAUGGUUUCCGUUGUCAAGAGUCUUGUUCGUGACUCCACUAUGCGAGGAUCCCUGUCAGGAGAUACACGAAAUGUGUUCCAAAAGUUCAGGGUGGAGGCCCAACACUUUGUUCUAGCAAUCAGCGACUACUGCUUCCAUAUCGGCAUUGGAUCCAUCUGGCAACGCUUCCAAGAAACACUUGCCAAGAUCGAGUACUGCCUUGACCGUGGUGAUAUUGACGGAACAAUCGAAGCGGCGCACUCCGUGCCACGACUCCGCGACUACCACGAGGAUAUGCUUGACCAGAUGUUGUUUGCGUUCUUCCUGAGCAAACGACAUGCGCAAGCGGCAAAAUUGCUUGAAUCAAUUUUUGGCACUAUUCUCGCCUUCAGUCCACUGUCAAAGGCAGAUGGGAGCGGCUUGCGUCAUGAGGCCGAAGGAACCGCGUUUUACUUGUAUCAAAAUCUGCACAAACAGACCUCUGCUUUUGUUGGAUACCUUCGCAAUCUAGAAUCUGGGAAGGCCACUUCGAAGUCCAUGGUGAGAUCUGGUGCAUUCUUCUCAUCCCAUACAGAUGCUACCAGUGUCUUUGAGCACCUCCGUGUGAGAUUGGACUUCAAGAAAUACUAUUGA